GGCGUGCCGCUAAUCCCAAACACCGUGGGUCAAUGGCACUAUGGAGUCCAGUGAUGCGUGGUUCUAGGACGCGUCUGUCAUAUAAAACGAUGUCUUCAGGCGCAUUUGACAGUUCGUCUCUAAAGUUGACAGCAUUAGCGUCCGAGAUGGUGAAGAUCGUCUUACUCAUCAUUGCCUCCUUAUUAUCCUUGGCCCUUUCGGCUCCCGUUGAAAAGGCUGAAGAUCUAGCGUCUUCUGAUAAAGAGGAUCUUCAAACCGCAGCUUCACAUUUCGGACCGUACGGCUAUGGCUUUGGGGGCUACAGAUACGGAGGAUAUUACGGCUAUCCUUAUUACAGUUAUUACGGCUAUCCCGGAUACGGCUACGGCGGCCUGUACGGAGGCUUCCCAUACGGCUACUACGGUCACGGCUUUUGGUGGUAAUAUAGUGUAAUUUUUGAUGAUUGGUCUCAUUCCAAAGAAAAUAUAACAAGAACCAUAGAUAUUAAGCUGUAGAGGCUGCUCUACAAGGUUAUCUGAAUCUUUACACAUCAAGGAACAAAUUCACCAUAACAGCAUUUAAUAGGUUUAUUAAAUAAAUACAUACACAAAUUGUAAUGAUGAUGUGAAAAAAUAUUUUCGAAGGUUCGUAGACAUUAUUAUGAAGUUAAUAUUUGUCUUUAUUUCCUUGUUAAUUAUACAUCGAUGCUUUAGCUUUACGCUGUUUGAGAUUGCUUGCCUUGUAGUGAGAAAGAUGUUAAUAAAUUUCGUUCACCCUUCAUUGUAUUAUGAUACAUAUUUAAAUUGUGAUCCCAAAAAAUUGUUAUUCACUAUUAAAAUUAGUAUUUAAAUGUUUAUUUUUAUUUUAUUUUAUAUAGUAUUUCUGAUUAUAAAUCGAAAUAAUCGUUUAUCAUAAAAUAUGUUUAAUGCAAUACAAUCGUAUUUAAGUCCUAAAUGUGUGUUGUGAAUAAAGUUUAAGACACUUCAAGAACAAAUGUAUUAAAAAUUA